AUGGUUGUUUAUCCAAGAGACUUGGUUCCCUUGACUCACACCUUCUUCAACACGCUUUACAAGCAUUAUCGUAAUGAGACACCCGAUACCACAUGGGACCUCAAAUUACACCUUUCUGUCGAACUUUUGCGCUGCGUGCUGCACCACAGUAAACACAAAACCAUAGAGACCCAUCAAAAGUUUUCCUCUGGCACCUUAUUCACUGUUCCCUCGUCGAUCCUCAUACACAAGACUACCGUCCCUGAGACCAGCAGGUCACAAGCAGAAGACAUAUUGGCGGGAUUGUUGAGUGGACAAGAAGAGAAUAUCGGGUGGAGGUGGAGAGAAGAUCCGAUGCGACAGAAACCUUUAAAAGCCGAGUGGAUUGAAGAAAAGAAAAGAAAACAGUCUUGUGAUGUGGAUAGGGUUAUUCUAUACGUGCAUGGGGGUGCUUAUUGUGUUGGUAGUCCAGCACAAAGUAGGUUUUUAGUGAACAAAGUUGUCAGGGCUGCUGGAGCUCGUGCUUUUAGUGUUGACUAUCGAUUGGCACCACAGUCUCCCUUUCCGGCGGCCGUUAUCGAUGCGCUUGCUGCUUACUUGUAUUUAAUACAACCACCUGCAAAUUCGGGUUUGACUCCGAUUAAUCCCAGCAAUAUUGUAAUUAUGGGCGAUUCGGCUGGUGGAGGUUUGUCAUUGGCUGUCAUGCUGAUACUCCGCGAUGCCGGUCUCCCCCAACCAGCAGCUUGUGUCUGUUGGUCUCCUUGGGUAGAUUUAUAUCACUCUCUUCCAUCCGUUCUCGAGAAUUCCGCGACUGACUAUCUGCCAAAUG